AUGUAUCCUGUGAAAUUGAUGGAAAAUGGAGACCAUAAUAGAAAAUGGCCUGCUAUUAGGAGCCAUAUCAUAUACUUGAGGUUUUGGCAAUUACAUUCUCAAGCUACUGCCAGAAUUCUUGAUGGAACUCUUCUCCAAGCUCUCAAGAUGACAACAGCCAUGACACUACUGGGUAUUGAUACCAUUAUGAAUAGUGUUGAUAGGAGACUAAAAAAACUGGAUGGACCUGAUCCUGCUGUAGCUGUAUGGAACCUCAUUGGCAGCAAAGUCAAUGAAACAUUUGUUCAGGAGAGUCUCAAAGUCAGAUGA